CGCAUACUGUCCCCAUGUGCACCUCGUGGAAAGCGACUCGGUGUAGCGGAAGGCUUUCGAUGUGGGGAGCGCGGCAGUGAACUUUAGUUAGAGCAAGAAAAAUAAUCAAAAUGUUAGUGUUAUUUGAAACUGCCGCUGGCUAUGCCAUUUUCAAGGUCUUGGAUGAACAGAAACUCCAGCAGGUGGACAGCCUGUGGAAGGAGUUUGAAACGCCAGAAAAAGCCAACAAAGUUGUAAAACUGAAGCACUUUGAGAAGUUUCAGGAUACAACGGAAGCUCUUGCAGCGGCCACCGCGAUGGUGGAGGGGAAAUUGGGGAAAAGUCUGAAAAAAGUUCUCAAGAAAGUUGUGGCCAAAGAGGCUCAUGAACAGCUGGCCAUUACUGAUGUAAAACUAGGAGGAGUCAUUAAGGAGAAGCUGAACCUGAGCUGUGUGCACAGCCCUGCUGUGGCCGAGCUCAUGAGAGGCAUCAGAAACCAGAUGGAGGGGCUUAUCACGGGUCUUCCUGCCAGAGAGAUCAGUGCCAUGUCUCUCGGUUUGGCCCACAGUCUUUCACGGUACAAGCUCAAGUUCAGCCCAGACAAGGUGGACACCAUGAUCGUUCAAGCCAUUUGUCUGCUGGAUGAUCUGGAUAAGGAGCUCAAUAACUACAUCAUGCGCUGCAGGGAAUGGUACGGCUGGCACUUCCCAGAGCUUGGCAAGAUCAUCACAGAUAACCUGGCAUACUGCAAGAGUGUCCGCAAGAUUGGCGAUCGCACAAAUGUGGCAUCAAUGGAUUUAUCUGAGAUUCUACCAGAAGAGAUUGAGGCAGAGGUUAAACUAGCUGCAGAAAUCUCCAUGGGAACAGAGGUGUCCGAGGAGGACAUUGCCAACAUCAUGCACCUGUGUGACCAGGUGUUUCAUAUCAUUUAUGGAAACCCAAACGUGAAUUGUGUCAGCCUUAGAUUUACAUCUCAUCUUUUACUUCCUGUCAGUGAUGUAAAGGUAUACGACCCAUCUGGUGACUCCACACUCCCCACAGUCUCAAGGAAGAGGAAGAUCGAAGAGGUAGAGGAGGGUGAGGAGGAAGAGAAGCCGGUGGAGGCUAAAGCUAAGAAAGUAAAGAGGGAAGCCCCCACAGAAGGAGAAGCAGAAACAGAGCCACCAAAGAAGAAGAAGAAAAAGGAGAAGAAGAAAGCGGAGGAGGAAUCCAAGCCAGAAGAGGAGGAGACGGCCGUCAGCCCAGCAGAGGAGACGACAAAAAAGAAAAAGAAGGAAAAGAAACGAGCGGCUGAGGUGGAGCCGAAGGAAGAGGAGGAAGAAGCGGCAGUUAGUCCAGCAGAAGAGACAACAGAAAAGAAGAAGAAAAAAAAGAGAAAGGUUAAAGAGGCGGACGACUAGAUGAAUUGGACUCUUUUCCAUGAACUUUGCUGUAUAUAAAAGGACAUUUUUAUAGUUUUUGGACAUCAUAUGAUGAUCACAUCCCCUUUUUGUGUCUCCGGCCCAGCUCACAAUGAACAGUUCAAGUGAACUGUUGUUAUUCCUUUAAAAACAUUAUUUUAAUUAUAGGAUAUUUUCUCUCCAUACUGCUUGAUUGCAAGAGAAAAGUCCACAAGAUUGAUAUAAUUUGAUGCUCCUCCUGUGUGUUGAGUUGUACUGGAUCAUACAGUUCAGUUAGUCUUCUAUAAGUGAAUGUUUUUAGUUUAAAGUGAGGAUGGGAUCACAUUAUAAAAGAAAUAUCUGAGGAGUAUGUUUUGUGAUGUAAAACUGGGUCAUUUGUGUCUCAGGAUUAUUAAAUACUGUUUCUAGU